UUUUAUGGCGAAAGGACGCGUCUUCGCCGCUUAAAAGUGUAGCGGGUUUUAGUGACAGUUACGUGCAGUGCUCCAAUUUUGUGAAUUCAAUUUUGUUUUUUAACCGUGUUACUUUAUAAUAGUUACGGAUACACAGCAAAGUUUUUAAAAUGACUCAAGCAAUGUUCCAAUACGAGUAUGAAAAGCGUGCGUCGACUACACGUGAGACGCCCGUUCGGUCGCACGAGUACUACGCGCGCCGGCCUUUGCCCCCCAGACCGGAAUGCGACUCUUUGCCUGCUAAAACUAGUGUGCCGCUGAAAGUGUGGAUUAUUGCCGGUGCAUCAUGCUUUGCUGUGUGCGCGAUUCUUGUGCUUGCUACUGUUGUGAUCACGCGGUGGGGUACCACCGAGACUUAUACCACUAGAGAGAUUUAUGAAGCACCCGAACCAAUAUAUUUCCCCCACCCACAAUCCACGGAAUCAACAGACGAAAUACAAUAUCCUAUAUUGGAAAAACUAUCGAUAUUCAAAAAUAUUGUCGCAAAUCGGAAACCCGAUCUAGCAUCCAAACCACAAAUCCACCCGCUACACGACACAACUUUACACCACGCGGAGAAGAAAAUUGAAAAGAAAGACAAACCCAAAGCUAUACCAGAAUUCAAACCAACACUACCAGACAUAUUCACCAACAAACAUAUAAAGCUCUCCGACGGGUACAUAGACUUAACAUAUGAAGAUUACUACAAUGACGAAAAUCUAUACGACGAUUACAUGCAAAGCAAUACAAUGACAAGUUACUUGAUAGAAAAAGUUCAAGAAUUGUAUGAAUGGAUAAAUUCUGAUCCCACAUUUGUUAAGAAGGAAAACAGUAAUUUCGGUGAGAUAUUGAAAGCCCUAAAUGACAGUUUAAUUGAGGGAAAUGUCACGAUUGUGAUGAAGAAGCUGAGGGAUGUUUACUUCGGUGAUAAUUAUACGGUGGUGAAUAGUGGGAAGCCGAUUUUGAAGAAUAGCACCAGCUUGCUCUCGUUUGGGAUUUUGACGUUGGAUGUUAUGUUGUUGCAUAACAUACAGCUGAUGGCUUGGGAGAAUCAGGAAGGAUCCCGUAACAAAAUGCUCAAGGAUCCAGAUGUGUUCGCUUUUAACGCACUGUUCAUGGAACCUAGUAAGGUGGAGGCGAAACGGAACGAAGUGCUGCAUUAUUAUGAAAAUAGUAAACGCCAAAACGCACGUCAAGACUCUGAUGAUGAGAAGAAUUUACUCGAAAACGUGUUGGAGAUCGGAAUGAGUACCGCCAGGGCCGCCAUACAUUUGGGACGGGCGUAUAAAAAUACAAAAAUGGUGUUAAACCAACUAUCAAACCGUGAGGCGGUUGAUACCAACAUUCAAAAUCAAAUGUCCCGCAAUAUCGACGCCAACACGCACGCGCUUAACCAUCUACAAACGUCAUUUAAUGACAGUUCCAGUGUUGCCAGCAGCUAUUACACAGAUUUGGACUGCGUUUGGCUUUUGUAUUGUAAGAAUUUAGUUGCUACGUCAAAAUUAAAUCCACCUUACGGGACUAUGGCGAGGAUUAAUGGAUUAGCCCUAAGAAUGUUAGCCGGUGAAUUGGUAGCAGACCGGGCGCUGGACACAAUGUUGUAUGAAGCACUGACUGGCUGGACGGAGUUGAGGUGUGCUGAUAUGUUUCCAAAAUGCAGCAAAUCCAAUGCGGCCGGGGUCGUUUUAGAUUCGAUAUUACAGCCGUUGAGAAAAGCUAAAAAUUCGACGUAAAAUUUAAUUAAGUUUUUGUAUAAAUGGUCUCAUUUGCAUUUCUUUGCAUUCUGCAUUUACAACAACCUAGAAAAUAAUAAAAAUUGCAUUUUUGUAAAGCAUCUUCAACAAACAGUAACUUUUUUUUUUUAUUUAUGGUCUGAACUUUUUUAUCUCAGACCAUAAACAAUUUUGAGUUACAUUUGUUCAUCGUUUAAAAACUGUUUAAUACAAUACUGUAUAAAUGCAUUUAUAAAAUACUCUUUAACUCAUAAAAACCAAAUACUCGAUACUUUUGUUUCUUUCUUUCAAAUUGUGUAAAGUUUAAAGUAAAGUGAUUGUUCAAUGUGUUUGAUUGGUAAGAAGUAUUUAAAUAAAAAGGUUUGGCUAAGAAUAAGUUAAGUUAUUUUUAAUUUAAGUUCAUAAGUUUAACAUAUAAAUUUAAUGUCAACAGAAAAUAAGAAGUCCACAGAAUAAGCCUAUGGCUUGUUUAUUUUUCUGUCAACUACGGGUUGACAGAUAAAUGAAUACUAAUUGUUUUAAUCUAUCUAAGUUAAGCAUAUUUUUUAUAGAUAAAUUAUAUCUUUAGACUAACUCUUGACAAUGGAUUGUAACAUUUUGAUAUGUGUUCCAUUAGGAUAACGAUACUUAUCUGUAAUGAAAACUUAAUGACUACUUCAUCUUUGUAUAAGAUUAUAAACAUUUGUUGUUACUUAUUUAACUAAGUUCACAUCUAAUUCUCAGUUUCUAAAGUGAGACUUAGCGAAGUACGACUUCUAUUUACGGAAAGAAUUUUGACACACGUCAAAAUGCUAAGUAUGACUUAGAACUGUCAAAAUAAUUUGACAUAUAGGAGUCAAUUCGACUCUUGUUUGAAAAUGUUAAGGUUAACAUAGUAUUUUCAUAAAUUCUGAGGCUAUUUUAAAAUAUAACAAAGUAUAGUUACAGUAGUGUGUUAUAGAUUAUAACAAUCUUCUUUAUAGUAUGUUUAAGGAUAAAUUAUUUUAUUGUAAGACUACUGACCACAGACUUUUUUACUAAGUAUAAGAAACUUUUGUGCGUUAAAUGGUCCUGUAACAGAUUCUGUUGGAUUUACAAUAAAGCUGUGAUGGAAAAUGACUCGGUGUACAUUUUCAGUAACUCCAUGGAGACCUUACGCCGAGUCAUUUUAGAAACCUUCCUGUGUUAA